AUGCACACCAUGUGCGCCAUGCGCUUGCUUUGCUUCGUCAUUGCCGUAUCCGCCUUGGAGGACGACCAGUGCCCAAUCGGAAGAUUGAAUUUGUUGCAUUCAAGAAAGAUUGGCCAUAUGGAUCCAUAUGGUGCGUAUUACCAGGCUUUGAACAAGGUGCCAGUUACAGAUUCGGAGCAAAGGCGGCACGUCAUUGAUGCCAGCUCCGCAGAGAAGCAACGAAGCUCCUCCCGAGACCAACGCAACGAAGCUGGACAUGAUGCAGAAGCUUUGGACCACUCCAGGUGGAAUGAUGACAAGAUCACAUGUCAACCGGGAGAAGUUCCCAUCGGAGAUUUUCAGGAGGGCAAGUACACCUUCUCAUGUUGCGCGGCUGGAAGCCAAUGUGGUGGUUGCCGCAGCAGCAAGAACGGUGUGUGCCUGGAGAUCCCAGUGAUGGGCAUCUCCAAAUGCUUCAUGUGCGAUGACAUUCCAAAUUGGCAUGACUCUAUGUCCCGCACUUGCACUGACUAUGCUGUCCAGGGCUUGUGCAAUGGUUCAUGGCCCAAUGCAAGCCUUGACCUGCCUUAUCACGGCCUCAAACCCAGUGAGGCCUGCUGCAUUUGUGGCGGUGGGAAUGCGCAAGCUGUUCCCACUCAGAUGCCUUUGGCCGACGAGUCCUUGUAUGUGGGCCAGCGGAUAGAGGCCUUUCCGGAGCCUGUGGCAGAGGCAGUGGCAGUUGACCCCGAGUGCAACCUGGCCGAGUUGGGUUUGGAGCUCUCAGUGACUGGCGUGAUCCGUGGGAAUUUGACUGCAACGAACAAGACCACCCAGCUCAAGUGCUCCAUGAUGCUCACACAAGACCCGAUUCGCGGAAUCUUCAGCAGCAUCAGCUUGGACGUGCCCUUGUCCAGCUUCACCUACGGUGAGCAAGCACUUCUCUUCAAGUUAUGGGGACAGGAUGCAGAAGCAGCUCAGUCUUCCCUGAUUGGCACUGAAAUUCCUGAUGUGGAAUUGCUCGAAGAUCCAGGGCUUGGCUUCCGGUGGUACAGCAGUCAGAACGAUUUGCAGCUACCUGUGCUUCAAAACAUCUCCACUGGAGAGCUCUUUGUGGUUUCUCCAUCCGUCACCCCAAUGAUUCUGGACGUCAAUUGCAAGGAUACGAAGAACAGCUAUGCAUGGUCACGCAUCACAGGUGAUGUCACUCUGCGGGGUCAAAAGGCCUUCAACCUGGACCCGCAAUCCGGCACGGUCUCGGGUGUUCCAUCCCUCGAAUUGUCAGACACCCAGGGCAGAGCAAGUGUCACAAUCACUUGCCAGGUUGCGCUGGGUGGCCCCACCUAUGACAAAGUCCUGCCAGUUGCAAACCUCACGGUCGAGGUUCAGGAUGAUGUUUGUUGGGUGCCAGGACCUAUUUCCCUGCCAGCCCUUUGGCAAAAACUCGACGCCCAAACAGGCCCAUUGUGCCUUUCAAGUUGCCGCAUGCGUGAUGAUUGCGCUGCUGUACACUUCAAUGACACGUGCUACGUCAUGGUCUCGGACGGGCAAUUCCUGAACUUGACGGGCAAUGCGUUGGUGCGACUGAGCAAUUGCUCCGAGGAAGUCUCAGCUUUGAAUCUGUCAGUUCCAGGAGCAGCUUAUGUCGAUGGGCAGUUCACCGUGUCCAAUUCAUACAAAGAUCAGGUAUCCUACUCUCGAGCUGGCUCAACUCCUGGUCGGCAAUUGGACUUGGUGCAGGGCUCCUUUGUUGAGGCGGACAGCUAUUGCCGCUGUCGCAAUGCCACAUGGUUACUUCUGCACAUCAAUACAUCAGACUACAAAGACGGAGACACCAAUGCGCCAGAAUAUUUUGGUGCAGAGAUAGCUUGCAUCAACCGAGAUGUCGUGAGGGCAUCCUUUCAAAGUGGUGAAGUGACGUUUCAGCUGAAUUUCUCUGCAGCGGAGCUGAAUGACAGUGCUCUUUUGGAGAAACCAAGUGCUCAGCAAAAUGCGACGUUGAAACUCAGCGUUCCGUCCUGCGCAAAGCCGAGCUUCGUCGACGUCGGUGUGGAGCAGGUCUUCAUCGGCCAACCGGAGGACAUCACACUAUAUUCUCUUCAAGCCUGUGAGUGUUUUGGAGAAGCUCAUGCAGAAGCAGCUCCUGUCCAGGAUUCAUCCAAUGAAGCAGUACCCCGGACAGCCGCCAGCUUCAACAAUGGAUCACUACCAGAUCAGCUGAUCUUCACCGGAGCCUUCACGCGCGAGAAGAAUGCCAGACUCGAUGAGAUCCGGUCCACCACCCUAGAAGACUGUGCAAAGGAUUGUCGUGGAGACUCCGCAUGUCAGUUUUAUCAGUAUGAAACAGCUUCAGGGUAUUGUGUGUUGUUUCAGCGGUGCGAUUAUGUACAAAGAAUCGAUGUGCAAAUCGAAAACACCUUGUAUGGAAGACCGCCAGAGGGAAACUUUUGCCGGAUCGCAGAUCCGACAGUCUGCUGGCAAGAGAUCAAACGCCGCAGCUUGCUCAGCCUGACAGCGUCAGACUUGCCUAGCUGCGUUUUCCAAGAGCAAUAUGAGGCCUGUGAUGCUUUACAAAUGAUCUCAGGUCAAUCACAAGGCCGGUGUGCCCGAUGUCAAUACCUCAACUCCUCCAGUUCCUAUGCGCAGCAAGGUAUGCGCAAAGUACCACUCCCAGAUGAGUUCCCAGCAGCUUCACAAGUGGCCAUCAGUUGCAAUGCGACAUCUCGCAUGUUUGCCAAGCAUGAAUUGGAUUGGAAGGGUCCACGCCCCUUUGCGAUCUUCACUUGCGUGAGUGGCGAGUGGGUGGGAGAGCCAGGUUGGCAAUUUCUUUCAAACCUCACGUGUGUGGAAUGCCUUCAGUUGGGCACUCCUACUUGGCAAAAACUCUCCAUGGUGUCCAUGCCUGAAGUGUACUUCUUGGAACACCAAGAGCUUCAUAUAACGCAUGGUGAAGCUAACAAAGGCUGUAGCUCUACAGGCUCUUUGACGCCAGCUCCCUUGCUGAUGACCAAUUCGAAUCUUUACUUGAUGGCCGCGUGGAACUCAGACACGAACGCCUUCUACUUAGCUUUGUCAGAACACUCGAGCUUGGUGUGGUACCUUGACGAGGAAGAUCGGCUUCAUGCUGUGGAUGAGAAUGGUCUUGACCAGUGCGUUUGCGGAAACGGACGUGCGAAUCUGAGUUUAUGCGACUCAUGUGACAACAGAAGUUGGAUCAUCAACAGGCAAGUGCUGAUGGACCCGAAUGGAACCUCAUGCGCCUUCAACCAGAGCAAGAAUACCAUCAUUACCAAGCCUUGCAAAGAAGGGCAGAAGGCAGGGGAGACAUGGUAUUUUGCCUCUGGAAAUUGUUUCGUUGGCAUGCAGAUGGUGGAUACUGCAACGAAAGCUUGGAAUUGCACCGUGGCUGCCAAAACUGACAUUCUGGAGCUGAAAGAUUUGCAGUAUGAGGCAGAGGUGACCAACCGCACAACGGAACUGUUCCAGAUUCGCUUGAGCAAGAACAGUUGCAUUGAGGCAGACUGGAGCUGCCAUUAUAACCAUUCAGGAGUGACGUACCAUUGCAUGCAGGUGUCAGAGAACUGCACCGGGGGCUUUAGCAUGCAAGAGGGUGGCAUCAUUCGAUAUUACCCGGAGGGUGAUUUGAGAAGAGGACCAUACUAUUUGUGGGGUGGAUGCCCAGAUGGCUAUGCUUGCCAUGGCACACAAGUCUGGGUCAUUGGAUCGGCAUCACAAGCUACGUCAUGGCAGCUGUCUGCAAACAGCAUUCACGUGAAUCCAGGUCACACCGCUGGUUCUACUUUCGAUUACAUGGCGAUCUAUUACGAACAUAUAGUUACUACACCAUCUGGUCAAUAUGACCUGGGAACGGUGGACUGUGCCCCCGCGAUGUUGUCGAUGAUCGUGGGGCCGAUCUUAAGUGGGGAUGUGAAUGAUGUUUGGAUGGAAUGCGCAAAUACUGCGCCGGCUUCAAUGUCUCAGACCAAUUGCGACUUCUAUACACUGAGCUACGAGAAGAAAGCAAAGUCCUUGUCGAUUGCGUGUCCAACCGGUCAAGUCAUGACGUAUCUCCAGGGUUGGUUUGCCUCAGACGGCCACUACCCAGAAGAAGGUGGCUCCAUCGGGUACUCAUGUUGUGAACUUCAGCUCCCUGAACUUACACGACUCAGCUUCGGCGGAGGUGUACCUCCCACAGCUCCCGAUGGAAGCCAUGGAAACUACACCUUUUCCUGUGAAGAUGUCGGGGUGUUGACGGGGCUCACUUGGGCAGAACAUGUAGAUGAUGCUAACGUUCUUUGCAACGGAUACCAUCGCAUCCCGAUUGGUGCACGCGUGAUUCUGGUUGGUUGCUCUCAAGAACCGGAUGAUCCUUACACUCAGUGUAGUCAGAAAGGCAUGAUGUAUCAGUUCCAAUUUCCAAACUACCAUGGGAAGAAUGACACAUCAAGCUCAACAACCUAUAUGUCUACCUGCGAGGCUUCUGUAUCCAUCGUGUCAAAUCAAUCUCAAAGUGGAGAUCCUCAAAGCUUGUCUUUGAUCGUGCAAAAUCAAGAGUUGCUCACCCCAGAGCAAUUGCAGGCUUACUCCAGUACACCAACCAUGCAGGUGGUUGUGCAAUCAGACAUUCUUUUCAGUUGCCGGCCAAGUCCUACUGGACCGGUGCAUUUGGCCAACGUGAAUUCCACGUUGUGUGCCAAUCGCGUGCCCGUUUCCCCGAGAGAUCUCCGGAGUGCCUCUGGCGUGGUCUCCAACUUGGGAGACAAAAGUUUGCUCAUCCAAAAGACAUGCCCAGUGCUCAUGAGCGCUUCAGAUCAACCGGUUGCUCGAGUGGUUAGCCCAAAAGGUUUGACCAUGGAGAGUUUCUUCAAUAUCCUCAAGAAUCAGGUCUACUACAGUGUGCCCUUCGUGAGUCCGUAUCAAUGGCCCUUCGACUUCACGGGAGACUCCCUUUCAUCAGCGAAUCUGGUGGGUUUUCUCAGAAACACCACAUGGACCUUGAGCUGGGACAAGUUUCAGGGAUCGUGGAACUUGCUGGGAGGCAAGCAUCUCUACGCAUCAAUUCACAGUGAGGCCGUGAUACCGGUGGACUUGAACGGAAGCGCAGACGCCUUCUCGGCGACAUUUAUUCGCCCAAUGAUGGCCAGUUUUUUGACAAGCCCGAAGGUGAACAGCCCUUUCCCGCAGCAGAAACCAACCUACCCAAAGCUUUUGGAGUUCCAUUCAAGUCAACCAGAUUACAAGGAAUAUUGCGACCCUACGAUUUUGCAAAACCCUGGUGAGUUUCAAGUUUCGGUGGAUGAGACGAAUCCAUGUUUUCACACAUUCAAUGCCGAAAUCGUCAGAGGGUUGCCUGAAAUGAAAGGAAUCACAGAGCAGGCCUUUUGGUCUUGUGCAGAGCGGGACUCUUUGCGUCAGUACAUGGAAGGGAUGUCCACAGCCGGGAUCCAGAAGAGCCAAUACAAAGUGCAGAAAGUGGAGGAUGAGAUGCAAGCGGUGUCAUUGGCCUUGCAGCUUGUGGCAGGUGUUGCUGGCAUGAUUCCUUGGGGCAGCUAUGCAGCCCCUGGGGAGAAGGGUGCAGAGAAGACUGAACAGUUUGUUGCCAAGGAAGAAAAAGACAUUGCUGAAAAGACGGCCAAGACUGAAGUGAAAAAAGAAGUUGAAAAUGAAGUAAAAGUUGGAAUGACAAAGCAGAUGCACGAGGAAAUGGAGGCGCAAUUGAAACAAAGUAUGAGGGCUGCCAUGAUCAAAAAGGAUUUGCAAGCUGCGAAAGCAGCACAAGCAGCAGCCCAGCGGCAAAAACGAUCCAGUGGUAUGAUGGCCAUGAUCGGUGGCGCUUACCAGAAAUAUGGCAACAAUUUCAAUUCCUUUGUGAGCACCUUCAGUACCUCAGUCUCAACGGCGGACUUAAUUUUCAAAAUGCACCCGAGGCCUUCCACCUCAGCCGGUGCCAAAAACAUGUCUGAGAAGCUGAUGAAGCUAACCCUUCCCACCUUGGACGGCCCAACUUACAAAGACACCUCUGCAAUGGCGAAAACCACUUGGAAUGAUUGUAUGCCGUUGCAGUUCGGUUUGUCCAAGGUGAUGUGCGACUUGUUUUGCAUUGAGGAUUCUGUUCGCGAAGGCACCUCGGCGGUCUUAAGUAGCCUGGAAAAUUCGCAAGACGUCCUGAUGAAGAACUUGCAAGCGCUUCUGAAUUAUCAAACGCAGUACAUCCUUUGGGCCAUCGGGACUCUUGGAGCCAUCAAGAGCACUGAGCUGCGCCGCAUCGACUUUGAAGAUGUGCGCGUCACCGUGCCAAGGGGGAUGUCUUACACUGGCAUAGAGAUGCUGCGCCGGAGCUCUAUGGACGUGUCGAGUGCACAAGGACAGCCAUCGGUGGACAAGAUCCAGCGGCUUCGCUUGGAUGCAGCCAUGCACCGAAAACAUACAGAAAAAGCGCAAUUGUUACAACUGCAGAUGGGCGAAUCCCGAAUUUGGACUUCCCUCUUGGCCUCUUUCUUGCAUUGCCACGAGAAGCACGCUUUGAACUUGGCCCAGAACUUUUCGCUUUGCAAAGCGGACACGGCCUCCUUGCGAGACACCUGGCAGCGCGCCAUGCGCGCAGAAGAGCGCAGCCGUGAAGCUCUCCUUGAGGCUUGGUCAGCCACGGCGGCCACUGCCGAGCGCUUGGCAAUAGCCUUUGAGGACGAAGACUUUGUGCUGAACCUGGCUGACUUCACCAACCAUGGGAGCCACUUUACUCGCUUUGCCAGCUUCCCUCGUGAGUCUUGUCACAGCAUGCCCAAGUUGGCGCAAGAACUCUUUAACGAAGCAGUGUUCCAGGUAGACCGGGUGAUGAAGCCUUUGGCAAAGCAGCUUGUGGUCUUCAAUGCUUUGGCCAAGUACCAACAGCAACAGCUCCUGCAUAGACGCAUGGAGCACGUUCCUUUGCCGACGUUCUCUUUGCCCAAAGGUGCGCUCGCUGCCAUGGCUGAUCCGGAGGCCCAAGGUCGCCAGUUGGCACUUCAAGCGUUGCAAGCCUUAGGCCGAGAGCUUUGCCCUUCACCGCCGAGUUGUCCACAGGGAAUGCUUCUGCCUGAAGAUGCAGACGCACAAUUAAAUGGGAUGGAUGAGGUCGACGUUUGCAAUCGAGGCGGGCGCUCACGCUUCAUUGGGGUCAUGACAUCCAGCUUAGCAGAGGUUUUGAUGCGGAACGUCACAUUGGAAUCGGUAGAGAUGCACAGUUUGUUGUUGCUCAAAGUAGCAGACCUUUAA